AUGUGGUCCUUGCUGGCCGUCAAGCUGAGCUGCCUCGCGGCCCUCGGCCUCCUGCCGCUGCUCUGCGGCCUCCUCCCGGCCGCCCUGCGCCGCCGCAGCCGCCCGCCCGGCUGUGCGGGGCAGGAGGAGGAGGCCCCCGGGGCGUGGCGGGGCGUGGCGAGCUGCGCGGCCGGCGGCGUCUUCCUGGCCACUUGCCUGCUGGACGUCGUGCCCGAGUCGCUGGCCGACCUGCGCGACGAGCUGCGCCGCCAGAGGCUCGCGGUGGAGUUCCCGCUGGCGGAGCUGGUGGUGGCGCUGGGCUUCCUGCUGGUGCUGGUGACGGAGCACGUGGUCGUGGAGUGCAGCCAGCCGCCGCCGGGCCCAGACGAAGCCACCCUCCUGCUGCCGCCGCCGGGCCUGGAGGCCGAGCAGCAGCUGCAGCAGAGGCGCCCCCCGUCGGGCUUCCGCGCGCUGGUGCUGACGCUGGCGCUCUCCCUGCACGCCGUCUUCGAGGGCCUCGCCGUGGGCCUGCAGGACUCCCCCAGCAGAGUGCUCCACCUGGCCGCGGCCAUCGUGCUGCACAAGAGCGUGGUGGCCGCCAGCCUGGGCCUCCUGCUGCUCCAGAGCCGCCUCCCGCUGCGCUGGCUGGCCGCAGCCCUGGCCACCUUUGCCCUCAUGUCCCCCCUGGGGGCGGGCCUGGGCAUGGCGGUGACCCACGCCUCCGGCCCCGGCCGCACCGCUGCCCGCAGCAUGCUGCAAGGCCUGGCCGCCGGCACCUUCAUGUACAUCACCUUCCUGGAGAUCCUGCCCCAGGAGCUGAGCUCUCCCGCCAGCCGCCUGCCCAAAGUUCUGGCCCUGCUCCUGGGCUUUGCUGCCAUGGCUGGCCUGCGCCUCCUGGCCUGAGGGGGCGGGACCUCGCCUGGCAACAAGACAGCCGUUUCCCGCCUGUGGCCCCCUCCACCCUUGCUGCAAAUCUGAGGGGGGGGGGCGGGAACCAGAGAACCACUCUCCUCAGGGCAGCCUUUACAGGCAGGCUAAGUGGGAUUCAGGACAGAUCAGCCACUUUUUAAAUGCUCUUACUACUAUAAGGGGAGGGCCUGUCACUGUGUUGGGCCCUUAGAUGUUUUUAUUAAAGCUAUCUUGCUGCUUUGUAAGAGAUUAUAGAAGUUGGAGUCUCA